AUGUUGAACACAACCCGAACUUCAUCGAGCGAAGAACAAUCUUCAAAUGGAGUGAUUAAUAGCGACACAACAAAUGAAACCUCGCAGACGAGCAGUAUUUACACGAAUUUAGAACAUCAAUCCAACAGUAGGUCCGACAUAUCUCCAUUCCGAUCUGAUGGAUAUUACCAACUAUUUUCAAGUGAGUUGGAUGAUGAGGACGACGAGGAAUAUCAAGAUGUUAAUGAAGAAGAGGACGUUGAAAAUUUAGAAAAUUUUGACUGGAUUGAUUGGACUGACUUUAUGGAGGAUGUUUCCUCUAAGCAAGAUGAAGAAAAUGAAGAUGAACUUGAUGAUGAUUCAUUGGUUGGCUCUUCAAACGGAGGUUUGAAAAGAGGACGAAAAAAGUAUCAAAAAUUCGAAAAGCCUUCCGUGCUACCAAGUAUAAGACCAAAGAGUCCGCCACGGGUUACAGCAUCAAGCUCAUCCAGUACCACCACCACCGCUACUACUACUACCAAUGGCAAUGCAAAUGCUAGCUCAAUUGUAAAUAAUAUUCCAAUUCCUCCUCCAUCUCAACCAUUCCAAUACCUCAACCCAUUUCCUCCUGUUUUGGGCCCACCUCUCUAUCCUGCAAGUGCUUCCAUCACCAAUAAGAAUGGUGCAACCUCCACAUUUCCAUAUCCAUUUGGACCAAUUUUCCCUUAUCCCGAUAUUUAUCGAGGUGGAAUGAAGAACACUACUCUGUCUACAAGUUCUCAAAGAACUUCUCCUCCACAAUCUCUGCCACAAACCACCACCACCGAAAUUUCUACAACGCCUUCUGACUCUUCUCUCCCAAUAGCAGCUGCUUCUACCAACCAAAACGAUGUUGACGGUGCUCUUAUUCUGUCAAACAUAUUUCCUCCUAACUGCUUAUUUACUGAUGAACAGCUGAAAGAAUUACAAAAUCAAUUGCAACUUCAUGUACAAUUAUUAUUAUAUAAUUAUUUUUUAACUAGUACUCGAGAAGGAUUUCAAGCACAACAUGUUACUUUCAAAGGAUUGAUUGAACAAUAUUUACAGACAAAAAAAGAAGCAAUGAUAAACAAGAUAAAAAGAAUACUUUAUGGAUUUGGAGUUUCAAAAGACAUCAAAUUAAUGGACUUAACAAGCGGGCAGGAAUAUGAGCUCAAGGAAGAUUAUAAAAAACAGGAAUCAACAACAGUUGUUCAAAGAAGUACCGAUGAAUGGAUACAAAUGAUUGGAACAACAAUUUUUGAUAUUGAAGGCUUAGAUGCUGCUGAAACAUUUCUAAAUUUUGAUUAUAGCUUAGUCAUGUUAUCAAAUCAAAUUGAUUGGGAUCUAUUUGUAAAAUUAUUACGUCCCUUUAAAUUGUUCAAUAACCAAAGCCUUCUUGCGGAAGUGCAAGAGAGUAUAUAUUACCUAAAUACAGUUCCAGAGGAUAAUAUUGGUCCGAAACGAGUUGUAUUUACAAUUGCAGAAGAUAAUUUAUUAAUAAUGGGUCUUAAAAAACAUUGGAAGCCUGGAGGAACAAUUAAGUGGGACAAAAUUAAGAACGAUAUGUUUCCAAAUAAGACAUCGAAACAACUCCGUGUAAGAUACAAAAAUAUGAUUGGAAAAAGAGGCCCUCCGAUAGAAGUUAAUCCCUUCAAACAAUUUAGAAACAUUAUAGAACACGAAAAUAAUAUGAGAAAACUUGAUCCUCACGCUAAGAAGAAGAAGGAAGCAACUACUGCGAACUAUUCACAUCUGUUUGAUAGCGUUGAAUUGUUUAAAAUUACAAACAAAUUAACAAGGAACGAACUACCAUGUAGCUAUAAGGAACUAAGUAGGAUACAAACAUACAGAGAUAAUGCUUCCUCUGAUUCAGAAGAUUCAGAAUCUAAGGAUUAUAUAGCAUCUGAAAAUCGUAAACGAAAGAAAUCAGAGAAACCACCAUCGAAAAAGAAAAAGAAGCAAGACACAUCAGAUACUGAAGGUAAUAGGGACCCAACAUCCCCUCCUGCACAAGCUCAGCCAGAACCUGUUCAAAACGAAAAAUCUUCAUCCAUGAAUGUUCUUACUGACAGUCUGAUGCAGCUGAUAGAAAAACCUCCAGAAAACUCAUCCAUUACACAACCUCUCGAAGAUGUUGGAUCCAUAGAUUCUGCCUCUGAAGAUGAAGAUGAUGAUGAAGUACCAAUUUCAAUACCUUUACCUUCUAUUCAAGCACCCCCAAUUACUCUUCCACAAGAAAAAGAAUGUGAAGUUCUCUGUGAUGGCCAGCUUGUAUCUUUUACACGAGAAGAGGAUAAGCAAAUAUUGUUAACGUUAAAAGAUCAUGGAUUUACAGAUAUUGCCAAUAUUAAUGAUCUUUCGUUGAUACAACCUGCCAUUCAAAAAGUAAGCGAUUCCAUUUCAAAGAGUGUUAAUGCUGUACAGGCCAGAGUCCUUAAACUUCAACACUUUCGGAAGAAACAUGCAAAUAAGUAA